AUGUUAAGAAAUUUAAUUUCAUUAAAUAUUAACAAUGUUUCAAAAACAACACAAAUGAUGUUUAGAUCAUAUACAAGUCAUGUAUCAAAACAUAGACUCAUUCGAAAUCCAGACAAUGAAAAACAAGUGAUCCCACCAAGAGAAAAUAAAUUAUUUGAAAUCAAGUUAACCAAUCCAUUACAAUAUCCAAUUCAACCAAUUACAUCAGAUGUAUUAUAUGGACCAAAAUCAUCUGAACUUACACAUCCAGAUAUUCCAUUCAUUGUAAAUAGAACUAAAAAUGAUAAAUUACCAAUUUAUACAGAUAUUUUAAGAGGCCAUAGUGUUGUCUAUACAAUUUUAAAAGGUUAUCAAGGUGAUUCAGAUCUUGGAUGUAUUUUUGGAAGAUCAAAUGUUAGCAAACGUGAUUCUUGUAUUCGUAUCCAAGGUAAUCAUGGUAAAACAGUUUUAACUUGGUUAAGAGGUUUAGGUUUUUAA